AUGGCAACACCAGAUUCUUAUAGAUCAGUUUGCGAUCGAUUUAACGUUGGACGAGCAACUGCUUGGCGAGCUGUUAGGAGAGUUUGUGCAGCUCUUUACCGUUUAGUACCACAAUAUAUUAAGUGGCCAAAUGAGGAGGAAGCUCAAUAUACCUGGACUGAUAUUGAAUUGAAGUAUAAGUUCCCGAAAGUUAUAGGCGCGAUAGAUGGGACAGAUCUAAAAAUAAUUAAACCUAGUAAACAUGACGAAAGCUAUAUUAAUCGGAAAGGUUAUCACGCGGUGCAAUUGUAA